AGAUGCUUCUUCCUGCCAGUCAUGUGCAGUUCACCCUUGAUCUCGGUGGUAGAUGGCACUUUUUGUCGUAUUAGGUACCGAUUUACGUGGCUAUAACCGCAGGCCUUGGACCACUGCAGUUAUUUACAAAUUUCCUUACGUCCCAGAAUAGUUUAGUCUGUGAAACCAGUGAUCCUUAUAUAAAGGCUCUAUAUAGAAACGUAUUCUUUACUCCCAUGGGAUUAUAAAUGGAAACGUGUUUACAAGCAUUACGUCGCAGUUGAGAAAGCUUUGUGAGGAAACCUAUAUACCCCCCCUUUUUAAUGUUAAAUAAAACAAACAUUUGGAUAGUUGAAUGACAGUCCCGGUUUUAUUUCAAUAUAUUUAUCAAGACUCGCCCGGAUAAGUAAACGCAGUAAUAAUGGAUAAAAAAUCAUUUGAGACUGUGGUAGACGAAGUAAGAAAGUGCAUUCUUAUGGAUCAGAGAAUAAAAGCUAUUGAAAUGGUUCAUGGAUAUUUCUCCAGCGAGCAGGUCAUUGAACUAUUGAGAUAUUUUUCUUGGGCAGAACCCCAGCUGAAAGCUGUGAAAGCUUUACAACAUAAAAUGGUUGCUAUUCAUGCAACACAGAUGGCCAAUAUCCUUAACAGCUUCACAUUUUCAAAAGACAGACUUACUGCCUUGGAACUAAUAGCAUAUAACAUUCUCGAUGCUCACAACUACCGGCCCGUAGAAGAACUCUUCAGAGUAAACCUGUCGGAAAAGAAGCGUUGCCGAAGAAUUCUUGAGCAGGUCUCAAAAGGGGGCUGUAAAGCACCCCAUGCCAUGAUUUCCUCCUGUGGAAUGAUUCCAGGAAAUCCCUAUCCUAAGGGAAAGCCUAGUCGAAUAAAUGGUACAUUCCCAGGAGUGCCUCCCAAGAAGGAAGGUGAGGAGACUACCAGUGAAGGCAAAGGAAUAGCAGCGCGAAUUCUGGGGCCAUGUAAACCAGCUCCAUCAACCUACAAUCCUCAUAAGCCUGUACCUUAUCCAAUACCACCCUGUCGUCCUUGUGCCACUAUUGCACCAAGUGCCUAUAGCAAUGGAGUUUUGAUACCAAGUAUAGCAAAACUCCUGGCAUCUGGAGCAGCAGGAACUCCAUAUGCUCAAGAUAAAGACCUUCUUAAGCUAUUACAAAGCCAAAGUGGUCAGAGUAGCAGUUUACCAGCAGCUGCAAACAGUCCAGCAACAUUUUCCUCAUCUGGCAACACUACAUCUACGCCUUCAACUCCUGUUUCCGCAGCACCAGUUGGAUCACCUGCUAAGACCACAGGUCAUUCAUCAGCUCCUGCCACACCCAGUCUUCCUGGGCUUGGUUUAGUUAUCCCUGGUUUUCCAGCAACAAACUCAUCAGCUUCUAACUCACCACAGAGGUCAUCUACACCAGCGUCAUCAGUUAUCAAAAGUCUGCCUCUGUCUAAAGUUUCUGCACACAGUGCACCUCCUACUCCUGGCCCUUCAUUUCCUCCUAAUCAGACCAUGCCUCCAACACGGCUUGGUUCUUCUACGCCUGUUCAGUCUGUCAUUAAAACACAUAGUAGUUUAGAAACACACUCUAACUCAUCUACAUUAAGCAGUUCACUAAAUACUCCUUCUCUGUCUUUCCCUGGCCUUCCUGUUUCUUCAGCUGCUGUUGCCUCUACCAUUACUGUCCCUGUAUCAAACAGGUCAUCUACCCCACUUGUACCUCCCUUUUCUGAUUUUUCAGUUCCUCUAAAUUUGACACAGCAGGUUGCAGCCACACCAAGUUCACCCACUGUUACUGCUACAUCCUCUGUUGUUACUCCUGGAUCACAAGUUUUACCUACAUCACUGUCUGCUAUCUAUAAGGCCCUUAUACAGGAAGAUCUUGCACAUUUUACCACAUCUGUCUCCAUGCCUGCUGCUCCAGCUGGACGUCCACCCUCAACCACUCCAGCUCAGCAUGAUUCUGACACAUCUGCCCCUUCUGUUAUAAAAAGUUACACUCCUUCUGCAACUCCUUUAACCCAGGGAUCUUCCACUUCUGUGAUUUCUGCUUUUUCUGGCCUUCCUGCUUCGUCUGUUGCUGUCAGCACUGGUACCCCCACUGGAAUCCCUACUCAGUCUACUUUGAUGCCAUCUAUGUUAACAACUGCUACACAAGCUUCCCCGGUUUUUCACACACCUCCUCUACCCAGUUCUGUUCAGAAUAGCUCAUCCACUCCUGUUCCUUCAGAUACUUCUGGUUUUAUUAAAACAGAACAACUGAGCCCUUCUGCUUUUAAAGGCCCUACACUUUCAACAGUGCCUCUUGGCAUGUCUGUUUCAGAUGCACUAUGUUUUAAUCAGAUUGUUGCGCAGUCUGCAGCUCCUGGGCAAGUCAGUCUUUCAAAUCCUGUUUUAUUAGGGCUGUCUUCUUUGGGUGUUUCCCUGAACACACCAGCAGCACUUGCAUCAUGUAGCCCUGCUCCUCAGGGAUCAGCAAACCUGAACUCUGUCUUUUCUGGCCUUGCUGCCUUUGCAUCUUUAGCCUCCAAUUCUGCUCUUGCUGGCAGUCCUGCACUUCCUCUUACUGCUACAUCAACUGACACUUCCUUUAGCACGUCUUCUGCUGCUUCAUCCAUGCUACCUACUGCACUUGUCUCUUCUACCCCAGCAGCUUUCCCAGCACUCAGUUCCCAAGUUACAGCGUCUCCAUCUCCAUUUCCUUUGGGAUUGACCACUCCUGUGCCUUCCAUUCUUUCAAGCCUUAACUCUUCUGUCACCCAGGGAGCACUGGGCACCAGUUCUCCAUCUUUCCAUGCUUUCCCCACAUCCAGCACAGCUUCUCUUUCUUCUGCAGCCUCUCCCUUUGCAGCACUUCAGGCAUCUUCUGCAGCACCAAUGACACCACUGGCCACCAUGGCGGCAGCAGCAGCAGCGGCAGCAGCAGCAGCAGCAACUGCAACAACAACAACAACAACAGUAACACCUUCACCAGCUCCAGUCUUACCAGGGUUUGCAUCAGCAUUCAGCUCCAACUUUAACUCUGCACUUGUUGGAUUAAACAGUGGCCUGCAGCCUACAGGCAGUACUGCUUUUCCGAGUCUGUUAUCAUUUCCUGGAAUUUCUGGAUUUAAUCAGAAUACUCCACAGUCUUCUCUUCCUGGACUUCAGCAUUCAACUGCUCCACAGUCUGCAUUUCUACAGACGUCUUCAGCACUAGAAAGCCUACAGGCUCAGUCAGGUGGCUUUGCAGGCUUCUCAUCUGCACCAGGUAGAACAUACUCUUUGCAGUCUGGGCUCAACAAUUCACAGAUGGGAUGGCAGUGACUACUACAGACGAUUUCUUAAAGGAUUAUCGGCAUAAACAGCCUUGUGAAAAUUGAGAUUUCCUACUGACUUGUCUGAAGAAUGCACAUACUAAUUAACUCUGACAUAGACAUGGUUGAUUGUCUUUAGAAUCUGAGAUGUUGAAAUCAUGUUAUAGCUUUAGAAUCAGAUACGACAUUUAACUGUGUUAAAAUCAUGUUUAGGUAAUCUGUCUCUGAUGAUUCAUAUAAAAGUGAAAAUGUUAAAAAUGAAUGAGGUAAAAGAAAAAUUGUCAUGGUCUGUGUUUUAUGUGCUUAAUUAGGGAUUCAGGUAAUGCCUAAAUACUGUAUCUUGGCAUGUUUCAUGACUUUUUUAAACUACUGUAUGAAACAGAUAUUUCUGUUUUUUUAAGCUAUAUAGAGUGAAUUUCUUAGACAGUCAACAAUCAAAAUUGUUAUAGAUAUUGGAAUGUAUUAUGGGAUUUUAUGCAAGUCUCCAAAGUACUGAUUCUAAUAAAUUAAAUGGUAGUGGAGAAAAAUAUAGCCCAGAAUUAUAUUUUGUGUGGGGGUCAAGGGCCUCUGCACCCCUUUGUACCCCUGCUAACUAAUGUAAACAACUCCAAAGUUACCACAAUCCAGAAAGAAAGAAAAAUAAAUACCCUCAGGUGUGACACCCUUGGAGGUCACACAAAUUUCAGAGACCUGACUUUUGAAUUAAAAAAAAAAUUGAAAAAGUUUA